CUCUUCCUUCCUUCCCUCUCUCCCUCCAGUAUUUGGAAAAAGGUUCACAUCAGUUAGCUCAACAAAUCGUGUGAGGCGUAACUUCUGCUUUCCUACACGCUUCUCCUCUCUCUCUCUCUACAUUCUUCCUGUUCACCUAAGUUAGCUGAACAAAUUGUGUGAGGCGUUACUUCUGCCUUCCUACUACACACUCGUCUUUAUAUAUAAACAAAGCCCUCCUCUUCUUCAUUCCCCCAAAACGAGUGAAGAUUAAGAAAAGGAGAGAGAGAGAGAGAGAGAGAGAGAGAGAGAGAGAGGGGAAUAUAGAGAUGGAUAAGGAGAGGUUGACGGCGGAAAUGGCAUUUAAAGAAGAUUCUUCUUCCAUCGUGAUCAAAAUCCGGCGAAAUUUGCCGGACUUCUUGCAGUCUGUGAAGCUCAAAUACGUGAAACUGGGAUAUGGGUAUGCAUGUAACUAUGCGAGUGUUGUUGUCUUAGUGCUUGCUCUUCCCCUUCUCUUAGCCUCUGCAGUUCAGCUCAAACGUCUCAGUUUCGACCAGUUUCCUCACUUCAAUUUUCGGACGACGACAACGAAGAGGCCCAACCUUCAGCUUGACGAUACAUUGAUUGGGUUGUCCGGUGCCGCCGCCGUUCUCGCCUUCGUCUUAACCCUCUACUGGAUGAAGCGACCCAGACAGAUUUACUUGGUGGACUUCUCUUGUUACAAACCUGAUGAGGAGAGGAAGUUGUCGAAUGAAGCCUUCCUGAAGAUGACAGAGGAGAACGGCGCCUUCCAGGAAGACACUGUUCAGUUCCAGAAGCGGAUCACAACCAGGUCGGGUCUCGGUGACGAGACGUAUCUACCCUUCGGGAUCACAUCCAAGCCCCCCAAUCUGAACAUGAAGGAGGCCCGAUCUGAGGCCGAGUUGGUCAUGUUCGGCGCUCUUGACUCGCUCUUCAAGAAAACCGGUGUUCGACCCAGGGACAUUGGCGUCCUAGUCGUCAAUUGCAGCCUCUUCAACCCAACUCCCUCUCUAUCCUCCAUGAUCAUUAAUCACUACAAGUUGCGAAGCGACAUCAAGAGCUUCAAUUUGGGUGGGAUGGGUUGCAGCGCCGGUCUCAUUUCCAUCGAUCUCGCCAAGGACCUCCUCAGGGCGAAACCAAAUACUUACGCUGUGGUGGUGAGCACAGAGAACAUUACCCUUAAUUGGUACUUCGGCAACGACCGGUCCAUGCUUCUCUGUAAUUGCAUCUUCCGAAUGGGCGGCGCCGCUGUGCUCCUCUCGAACAGAGCCAGCGACAGAACCCGUUCCAAAUACCAACUCGUCCACACCGUGAGAACCCAUAAGGGCGCGGAUGACAACAGCUACAACUGUGUGUACCAAAGAGAAGACGAAAAGGGAGCUGUUGGAGUCUCACUUGCCCGAGAACUAAUGGCGGUCGCGGGCGACGCUCUGAAAACCAACAUAACCACUCUGGGUCCCCUGGUGUUGCCUUUAUCCGAACAGUUCAGAUUCUUCGUGACUCUGGUGAGAAGGAAGGUGAUGAAGGCCAAGGUGAAGCCAUACAUACCGGACUUCAAGCUCGCAUUUGAGCACUUCUGCAUCCACGCCGGUGGCAGGGCCGUGUUGGACGAGUUGCAGAAGAACUUGCGACUCAGUGAGUGGCAUAUGGAGCCGUCGCGGAUGACGCUUCACCGUUUCGGUAACACGUCCAGUAGCUCCUUGUGGUACGAGUUGGCUUACACCGAAGCGAAGGGACGAGUCGCACGCGGAGACCGAAUCUGGCAGAUCGCGUUCGGGUCGGGUUUCAAGUGUAACAGCUCCGUAUGGAGAGCUCUCAGAACCAUUCCAACUGGGGAUUGUUUAGCCACCUCAACAUGCAACCCUUGGGCUGACUGUAUCGAUCGCUACCCUGUUAAGGUUCCCGUUUGACUUAAUUAGACACGUGGUAUGUUUUGGGUUGUAUUAAAUUAUCUUCCAAUUGUAAUUUAUUUCUCGUCGGUUGUAGUAAAUGAUUAUAUUAUUUCUAUUUAUCAAAAAAUAUAUAUAUGCUUAUUAUUUGGAGUAA